AUGGAGCUCUUUCAGCGCCUUGGCCUGGUGGACCUGCAGGAUGGCCAUGGCAUGGAGAGAGGAGGUGGCGCAGCCUGCAGCAGUGCACAGAUGUACCGCGACGGCACGUUCCACCUGGGGCACAUCGACAUAGCCCCUAGCCACCCCACCAUCGAGGGAAGUAAGGGCGACGGAACUAGUUUGAUGGGAACGCAACGAAAAAGGGGCAUUCCAGGUCUUACUGAGCUCCUCAUACUUCCGGGAAAUACGGCACCGGGGCCGGGUGCAGCUUGGAGUCGCGCUCAGACCCGAGAUUUACAAGGGUCUAUAGAGCGACCGGUAUUUAUUGACCUGACACAUGACGAGGAGGCUGGCACCAGCAGCGCGUCGAUAGAUCUUACCGCGUCUGAAGAGGAGGUUGGCUCCAGCCGAGCGGUUCCGGACCUCUCAUUAUUAAUCGAAAGGAGUUGUGAUCUUACCACGGGUGGUGACGCAGGCAGCGUAGUGCCAGAGCCGUCAUUAUUCAUCGAAAGGAGUUGCGGAUCCGGUGACGAUGUGUCUAACUGGACAGAUACACCGCUGAACGUUUGGGAGCAUUCGUCUUGGUCCAGCAAGCGAGAGGAGAGGUCUCCGAUAAGGCGUCAGCAGACACCGUUAGCCGAACAAGAAGACAUCGCCGACGACGAACGAUCAUCAUCGGCGAGGGGUAGACAGACACCUUUUGCUCUUCAAGCUCAAAAUACUGUCUCGCUAGAUCAACUCAACGCUAUCUUAAGGGAGUCUAAUAUUCCUUUACACGAGUCCGUUGACAGACUGUGGGGUUCUGUCGAUGAGAUACAUAUGAUUCUUAUGAGAUUGUAUGCUUUUAUCGAAGGUGUUAAUCAUAGCGACGAAGCGCUGGAGAAUUCUUUCAACCGUUUGCUCGAGUCAUCAAACGAACAGAUGAGAGAAAGGCCUCUAAUAGUUGAACUCCUCUGUGCUAUAAACGCCGUACUAUUUUCUAGAUAGUCACUAUUUUUAUAUUGACCAAUGAUCGCUAUAAGUUUUUU